ACGAAAUUAAGGUAAAAAUGGUUAAAGAGAAGGAGAGGAGAGGAAUUUGAAAUCGGUGUAUGAGCGAGCGUUAGGGCUUUUGAGAGGCUCGCAAAGUCCUGCAAUUCCCGUCGGUGCUGAAAGGAGGACUAUUUCCCGGCUCGAAUUAGAAGUAAAAAUGUUCAAGAACACGUUUCAAUCCGGAUUUCUGUCCAUUCUAUACAGCCUUGGGAGUAAACCUUUGCAGAUUUGGGAUAAAGAAGUUGUUGAUGGGCAUAUAAAAAGACCACAGGAUGAAGACAUACAAUCCAAUGUUCUUGAAAUAGUUGGGUCGAACAUCCAGUCCACAUACAUUACUUGCCCGGCAGACCCAUCAGCUACACUGAGUAUAAAGCUUCCAUUCCUGGUUAUGAUUGUGAAGAAUCUGAAGAAAUAUUUCACAUUUGAGAUUCAAAUUCUGGAUGACAAGAAUGUCAGGCGACGUUUUCGAGCUUCCAAUUUUCAAGCUGUAACUCGAGUGAAGCCGUAUAUCUGCACUAUGCCGCUGAGGAUGGAUGAUGGCUGGAAUCAAAUCCAGUUUAAUCUGGCUGAUUUUACCAGGAGAGCCUAUGGAACAAACUAUGUGGAGACACUGCGAGUUCAGGUUCAUGCAAAUUGCCGCCUGAGGAGGAUAUAUUUCUCUGACCGCUUGUACUCUGAAGAGGAACUUCCUCCUGAGUUUAAGUUGUACCUCCCAAUGCAGAAAGCAUGAUAUGAUGCAACAAAGGAGGGAUCGAACCCAUUGAAGCUGGAUUUUGAUACUUCUUCAGAUUGUAAUUGUGUGGAUGUGCUUGAUUUGUUUAUUUCUGGACCCUUUUUCGAACUUAUUUUGUUAAAGAACUUAUCUGCUACACAAUAUUGUAACUAAAAUUUAGAAAACUCAUGGUGCCUAAAGUACUGUUAGUGGUGAUAUGAUAUGGUAUGCUUAUUGUUC